AUGGCCUCUACUAACGUCUUUUUAGGACGUUUUCUCUUUUGGCACGUUUUUUUGGAAGUAACUGAACAUGUGAAUGUGGCCCGCCUUUUGGAAGGAAAUUUGUUGCAGGCUGUUUGUGGGCGGGCUACCUUCACGUACCUGAGAGUGAAUCACCCUUUAAACCUACCAGGCAGUUCACAGCUGACAAUCCGUAUUCUAUUGGUAAAACCUGAUGUCUUUGGAGCUCCAGCAAUUGAUGGCCCUAGUUCAUCAAGUCCAGGGCCAUUUCGAUUUCCUCACAAUUCAAGUCCGGGUAAACCUUUUGACAAAGAUCUAGCAAUGAGCAAAUUGUUAGAUGAAAUCCCUGACCUGGAUGUGGACAUGGCAAGCAGCAUCCUGGCAGAGGUGUUAGAAAUUAAGGGACCUGUGACAUGGGAUUCAAUUGCAGGCUUAGAUGAUGUGAAACGCACAUUGCAGGACAUAGUGGUGAAUCCACUUAUUCGCCCAGACAUCUUUACCGGGCUGAAAAAGCCCGAAAAGGGUGUUCUACUAUUUGGCCCUCCAGGCACAGGGAAAACGUUGAUUGGAAAAUGCCUUGCGUCUUUGGGAGGCGCAACCUUCUUUGCUAUCAGUGCAGCCUCUGUGACUUCAAAAUGGGUAGGAACUGGUGAGAAGCGAGUGAGGCUUCUAUUUAAGAUUGCAAGAGUGCUUCGCCCGUCCAUAAUCUACAUAGAUGAAGUUGAUUCUAUAUUAUCAUCAAGGGGGGAAAGCAAGGAGAAUGAAUGCUUGUCUAGAUUGAAAACUGAGAUUUUGGCAUCACAGCCUGAGUUCAUUCCUGGCAAAGUGAAGAAUCCCAUAGCUUUGCUUUCCCAAAUUGACUUCGUUUCUUUCUUUUGA